AUGACAACCGAAGGAAUGAGUCUCCAGGUCGUUCAGUUUGGUUCUGUCACCGUAGGCCCGAAGUCCUGGCGCGACAGUACGUUCCGCUCCAUCCGGUGGGCAGAGCACCUGGUGCGGCAGACCCGAGCUGGACGACCCGCUACCUGCAUCCAGACGCGGAGCUACAGCGCCUCGGCCGGUCACACGGCGAAGUACAGCGAAAUGCAGUCCGAAGAGAGCAACAAGAUCUCAAACUGCAACAUCAGCGAUUCACAGAUCAAACGAAUACACAGUGUAGCAGAGACAGAGGAUGAGUAUCAGGAAAUAUUAAGCCUUCACUCAGACGGGCAGGAAAAAACACAGGAGAGACAACUGUUCGCGACAAUGUUGCUGGGGGAGAGGCCAGUGAAAUUUCAGCUAGACUGUGGAGCAAGCUGCAAUAUUAUCCCAAUACACCUACUGAACCCAGACACAAAACUGGAGCAGACACAGCAAGUCCUUGUCAUGUACAACAAAAGCACUCUGAAGCCUUUGGGCAAAUGCAGGAUAAAAAUAAGGAAUCCGAGAAACAGGAAAUUGUAUAGGCUUGAAUUCAUGGUGAUUGAUGGCCAGUCAUCUGUGCCAUUACUUGGCAAUAAAGCAGUACAGGGCAUGGAUCUAGUGAGAAUUCAAAGAGAAAAUAUCAUGGCCAUUGAUGAGAUUGUCCAACACACAGGCAGUGAGGAAAAUACUCCGGAGAAAGAACAGAUCAGAGAACGAUAUCCACAGGUGUUUGAAGGAGAUGGCUGCCUGUCAGGGACAUAUGAUCUGGAAGUGGAUCACAGCGUAGCUCCAGUAAAGUUACCUAAGCGAAGAGUUCCGGUGGCACUGAUGAAUCCACUUAGAGAGGAACUGAGCAGUCUGGUGGAAAGAGGAAUCCUCACACCAGUCGAAAAGAGCACAGAUUGGAUCAGUAGCAUGGUCGUGGUUAAGAAACCAUCUGGAAAAUUGAGAAUCUGCAUUGAUCCUAAACCCCUAAACAAAGCCUUAAAGAGACAACAUUUCCCACUGCCAACAAUCGAUGAUGUCCUACCAGACCUAGCAAAUGCAAGAAUAUUCACAGUGUGUGAUGUAAAGAAUGGAUUCUGGCAUGUGAAGUUGACAGAGCAGUCCAGCUACAUGACAACAUUUGCCACCCCUUUCGGAAGGUACAGAUGGAUGAGAAUGCCGAUGGGGAUCAGCCCGGCUCCUGAGGUGUUUCAGCACAGGCUUACGCAGGCGCUUGAUGGGUUACCAGGGGUGCGCAUUAUAGCUGACGAUAUCUUGAUCAUCGGUGAAGGAGAAAAUCAGGAAAUGGCAGUGAGAGAUCAUGACGAAAAACUGAAAAAACUCCUUGAGAGAUGCGAAACAUGCAACAUUAAACUGAAUUUUGACAAACUGAGGCUGAAGCAGAAGGAGGUGCCGUACAUAGGUCACAGACUAACAUCGGAGGGCUUGAAAAUUGACCCUGAAAAGGUACGCGCAGUACAGGAAAUGCCUAGACCCGCCGACAUCAAGGGCCUUCAGAGAUUGCUUGGAAUGGUUAACUACCUUGCAAAAUUUUGCCCACACCUGUCAGAUAGCUGUGAGGUCCUGAGGCAACUGACUCACAAGGAUGUGAUAUGGGAGUGGACUGACAUACAGGAAACUGCCUUUGUGAAAAUUAAAGAAAUGAUAGCCUCAGCACCAGUACUGAAGUACUACAACCCAACGGAGGACCUCACUCUCCAAUGUGAUUCAUCAGAAACCGGACUGGGUGCAGCGCUCUUGCAGGUAGGCCAGCCGAUAGCAUAUGCCAGCAGGGCACUCACCUCCACUGAGAGAGGAUAUGCACAAAUAGAAAAAGAGUACUUGGCUAUAUUAUUUGGGAUGGAAAAGUUUCACCAAUACACGUAUGGUAGAAAGGUGGUUGUACACUCUGACCAUAAACCUCUGGAAACAAUCACAAAGAAACCACUGCUUAGCGCCCCAAAGCGUUUACAAAGAAUGCUGUUGAGACUUCAAAAGUAUGACAUAGAAGUAGUGUUUGUUCCAGGCAGAUUUAUGCUGGUAGUUGAUACACUGAGCAGAGCGUACCUGCCUGAAUGUGCAACUGAGGGGUCAGUGGAAGCUGAAAUUGAAACUGUUAACAUGAUUCAUUACUUGCCCAUUUCAGAGGAGAGACGGCAGAGAAUCCAAACGGAGACAGAACGGGACCAGGCCCUUCAGGUGCUGAAACGAAGAAUACUGCAGGGGUGGCCAGAUGAUAAAGGGCAGGUCGAGGAUGAGCUGAGGCCGUAUUUUGAUAUGCGGGAUGAGCUAAGCGUACAGGACAAUGUCAUCUUUAGAGGACAGAGGGCAGUCAUCCCGACGGCUCUAAGAAAAGAAAUGAAGGAAAAGAUCCAUGCAUCACAUUUAGGGAUAGAAAACUGCCUGAGGAGAGCGAGAGAAUGUGUGUACUGGCCGGGUAUGCAUGAACAGCUAAAAACGUACAUGGGAAACUGCCAAGUUUGCAGAGAAAAAGACACACGGCAACAGAAAGAACCAUUACAGAGCCAUGACUUCCCACUAAGGCCAUGGGCAAAAGUGGGCACAGAUAUAUUCACCUUCAAUAACAAAGAGUACUUAGUGACAGUGGACUAUUUUUCCAAUUUUUGGGAAGUUGAUUAUCUACCUGAUACCAGGUCCACCACGGUUAUCCAUAAGCUGAAAGCACAUUUCGCUCGCCAUGGUGUGCCUGACGUGGUGUUCUCUGAUAACGGCCCACAAUAUAGCUCACAGGAAUUCAAAAGAUUUAGCCAGGCCUGGGAAUUCGAACACGUUACAUCUUCACCUACCUAUCCUCAAAGCAAUGGAAAAGCAGAGUCUGCUGUCAAGACUGCUAAAAGGCUGAUGGGGAAAGCACUGCAGGCAAAGUCAGACCCCUACUUGGCCAUACUUGCUCACAGAAACACCCCAGCACAAGGCUUUCAGGCCAGUCCAGCUCAGAGACUAAUGAGCCGUCGGACAAAGACAUUGUUACCAAUGUGUGAGAAUCUACUGAAACCUGCUGUAGUGGACACGGACUCAGCUGUGCGAGAAAACCAACUCAGGCAGGCUCGCUACUACAACAGAGGGGCAAAGCCCCUGAGACCACUUCAGAAUGGAGAACGGGUGCGAGUGCAGUCACAGGUGGCCGGACACAUACUGGGCACCUGCAUCAGUGGUGCGACAGGACCGGAAUAG